AUGGCAACAAAGAUCUACGCAAACCCAGCUGCCAGGAACUGGACCUACGACACUCCACCAGACUUCACACUCGUUCAGAACUUUCACAAGACUCUCCCAGCUUACAGACCCACGCCCCUCGUGCCCCUGGAAGACAUCGCCCGCGAGCUCGGCGUCAAAGCCGUAUUCGUCAAAGAUGAAAGCAACCGUCUCGGCUUACCUGCUUAUAAAGUUCUGGGGGCGUCCUGGGGUGCCUUCAGAUCGGUCACGAAGCGUGCAAAUCUUUCACCUCAGUCGACCACUGCGGGCAACCAUGGACGGGCCGUCGCACGAAUGGCGAAGAUACUGGGUAUUGGUGCGAACAUCUACGUGCCUGGCGAUGUCACAGACCAGCCGGUCAAGGACAACAUUGCCAGCGAGGGCGCAGAAGUCAUCACUGUUCCAGGAAUCUUUGAUCAGGCUGCAGAGGCAGCCGAAGAAGCAUGCAAACUUGAUCCAUCCGGCUUGCUGAUACAAGAUCUGCCCACAGAAGGCGACACCGAUGUCUGGCAAUGGAUCAUUGAGGGCUACUCGACGCUUGUCAAUGAGGUGGAAUCUCAGCUGGCUGAGUCCAAUCUGAAAGCAUCGGUUAUUGCGACACCGAUCGGUGCUGGAACACUGGGACACGCGGUUGCUACAUUUUGCAAAUCCUCUGGUCGAAAGAUUAAAGUUCUCACAACAGAGCCAGAAUCGGCGGCGUGCUUGAACGACAACCUGAACAAGGGGAGGCAUGAAACAAUUCCGACCAAAAAGACCAUCAUGGAUGGCAUGAAUUGCGGCACAGUCGGCGUGCUCUCGUGGCCCGUCCUCAAGGAGGCGGUCGAUGUCAGCGUCACCGUGAGCGACAGACAGUGUCAUGAAGACGUUGUGUACCUUCAGAAGCAAGGCAUCAAUGCCGGUCCGUGCGGUGCUGCACAAUUGGCAGGACUGCGAAAAGUCGUGAGAGAAGAUCCGUCAUCUCUUGAACUUGACAAGGACUCCGUCGUUGUACUGCUGAGCACGGAGGGGAAGAGAUACUACGCGCGGCACCAACGGCACUCAUGCACCCACAUCACUUCAACGCCCUACCUGCAACCCUUCUCCGGCGCCGCUACCCUCCGCAAGCAAUUGGCCAGCCCAGACUCCGUCGUCUUCGCCCCCGGCAUCUACGACGGCCUCACCGCCCGCCUCGCCCUCUCCACCGGCCACACCGCCCUCUACAUGACCGGCGCCGGCACCUCCCUUUCCCGCUUGGGCUGGGCCGACCUGGGCCUCACCACCCAAGAGACCAUGCUCUCCCAACUCUCCAUGAUCGCUAGCUUAUCUCCAACCACCCCCAUCAUCGCGGACGCCGACACGGGCUACGGCGGGCCCGUCCAAGUUAGCAGAACGGUGGCUGCUUACGCAAGGGCCGGGUGUGCGGCGCUGCACUUGGAGGACCAAGUCGAGCAGAAGCGCUGCGGGCACUUGUUGGGGAAGCAGUUGGUGGAGAGGGAGGUGUGGUAUGCGAAGCUACGGGCCGCGGUGAGGGCGAGGGAUGGGGUAGGGAGCGAGAUGAUGAUAUUUGCGAGGACGGAUGCGAGGCAGGGGAUGGGGUUUGAGGAGGCGAUGCAACGGUGUGAGGGGGCUGUGCUGGAGGGUGGUGCUGAUGGGGUCUUUUUCGAGGCUAUCCAGUCCAGGGAGGAGGCAGCGGAAGUUAUCGCCGGGAUUAAGAAGAUUAGGGAAAAGGCGGGGCGGCAUGUUCCUGUGUUGUUGAAUGUGGUUGCGGGAGGUGCGACGCCAGAAUUCUCGGUGGAGGAGGCGCAGGGGUUGGGGUUUAAUUUGGUCAUCUUCCGAUGGCGUGUAUGGAUGCGGUGA